UCCCUGUGGGGAGCAGUGUUUCUGCACCCCAGAGUGAGGAGGACGCAGGGGUCAGAGGUGGCUGCAGGGCGGGCAGAGGAGGGACCUGUGGAGGGGGUGGGCUGGUGGCCUGGGAGCAGUCAAGAAGGAAGGCCAGCUGGUGACAAGAGAGCCCAGAGGUACCUGGGGCUGUGUGGAGAGCCCGGAAGACUGCAGCCAUGCCUCACAGCUCCGACAGCAGCGACUCCAGCUUCAGCCGCUCUCCUCCCCCUGGCAAACAGGACUCCUCUGAUGAUGUAAGAAAAGUUCAGAGAAGGGAGAAAAAUCGCAUCGCUGCCCAGAAGAGCCGACAGAGGCAGACACAGAAAGCCGACACUCUGCACUUGGAGAGUGAAGACCUGGAGAAACAGAACGCGGCUCUGCGGAAGGAGAUCAAGCAGCUCACAGAGGAGAUGAAGUACUUCACGUCGGUGCUGAGCAACCACGAGCCCCUGUGCUCGGUGCUGGCCACUAGCGCGCCCUCGCCCCCCGAGGUGGUGUACAGCGCCCACGCCUUCCACCAGCCUCAUGUCAGCUCCCCACGCUUCCAGCCCUGAGCUUCCAGAGGUGGGGGAGAGCAGAGCCCCCCACCCCCAGCUGCUCGGGCAGGCCUCAGCAGGGGCACACAGACUGUGGCCAGGCUGCCCUCAUCCCUCAGAGCCCUCUCUCCAUCUGGAGACCGGCGGCAGAGGCCUGGACAAGGAUUAAGCGCAGGACCGCAGCAGCUGGAAGUGUGUGAGACCGCCCGGCAGUGAGGCAGCCCAUCUGUGUGUACUGGACCCCAUGUGGUGGGAGUUCCAAUCCAGAGUUGUAUCAAGCAUAAUGCCCAAGUCCCAUGGUGCAGAGGGAGGAGGGCA